GACCUGACUGUACUAUGUUGGCUCUGCAGAAAUGUCGAGUCUCUCUUCCCUUUGCGGGCAUUAAUACCCUUUGUUGGUAGGGUUUACUGACGUCACGAGGCAAUGGCUGAGCUCGAAGCUGGUAGCUGCUGAGUUUAUGUGCUGAUUUCACCUUCAGCCAGCAGCAGUAGCAGUAAGCUAUUGUCACAGAGCUAACUCUCAUUUUGACUUGCAGAGAAGGGUUUGCAGAAGAGGACAUUGGCGGAAACAUCCCAGAGCCACUGAAUAUGUGACUGAGUGAAUGGAACAGCCUCAAGAAAUGGAGGAAGAAUAAACCCAAGAGGGUUUGGAUGUAUAAAACAAGCAGCUUUUGCAGGAUCACUAGCUACCUUGCUCUCCUGCUUUUGGAUUUAAGAUCAUGUCUGUUCACAUUGUAGCCUUUGGAAACGAAAGAGGUGGAUUUUCUGAAGAUGAUCAGCAAAGGAGUCUAAUCUGGACCUACCUUGGGAGAAGUGCUCUUGUUUCAGAGACUGACAGCAGUUUGUUGCUAAACUCUGCCAACUACCUUAGAAACCCUGCAUUCACCGAGUAUCACGCCUGUGUGUUUGGAAAUGUCAGAUUGGUGAUACAUGACUGUCUUCUCUGGGAUAUUUUUGAAAGUGACUGGCACACAUCUCGGAACCUUAUUGGAGAAGCAGAUAUCAUUGUGAUUAAAUACUCUGUAAAUGACAAGUCUUCAUUUCAAGAAGUAAAGGAUAUUUAUGCACCACUGAUAAAAAAAACAUUAAGCCACUGUUCAAUUCCAGUCAUAAUUUCUGCUGUUGGUGCAAGACAAAACGUUCCUUGCACUUGUCCUUUGUGUAUCUCAGACAGAGGAAGCUGUGUUACAGCUUCUGAGGGGAUUCAGCUUGCUAAAGAACUAGGAGCUACUUACCUGGAAUUGCACAGUCUCAAUGAUUUCUACAUAGGAAAAUAUUUUGGAGGAGUGCUGGAAUAUUUUAUGAUACAAAGCUUGAAUCAGAAGUCAUCUGAAAAAAUGAAGAAAAGGAAAAAAAGCCAUAAGUGCCAUGGAAUUAAACCACCUCAACUUGAUCAGCCAGAAAAAAUGCCAAUCUUAAAAGGUGAAGCCUCGCAUUACGAAUCUGAUUUACAUAACCUGCUGUUCUGCUGCCAGUGUGUGGAUGUGAUCUUUUACUCUGAAGACUUGAAGGAGGUAGCAGAAGCUCACAGGAUUGUUUUGUGCUCUAUUAGCCAUGUCUUCAUGUUACUUUUUAAUGUGAAGAGCCCAGCUGACAUUCAGGAUUCUUCUAUCAUUAGGACUGCUCAGAUCCUUUUUGCAGCAAACCAGGAAGUUGUGUUUCCCAUUUUAAACCACGGUUCAUCCUGCAAUUCACCAGUAAGAGUCAUUGUUAAAGACUCUUCCUUCUGUUCUUGUUUCUCAGACAUUCUGCACUUCAUUUAUUCAGGUGCUUUCCAAUGGGAAUUAUUGGAAGAACAUAUUAAACAAAAGCUGAAAGAUCCUGGGAAUGUUGAACUUGUUCUUGAGAGAGUAAAAUGUAUCUUGAAAAUUCCAGGAAAGGUUAACAGCUCAUGGAAUUGCAGGUCAUAUUUGUCGAAAAGACCCUUGCAGUUAUGUAACAGCUCUCUCAGGCUUUUCUUUAACACAACUGUGUUAGCUGAUGUCAUGUUCAAAAUACAAGGUGCUACAGUGCCAGCUCACAGAGCAGUCCUGGUGGCUCGCUGUGAGGUAAUGGCAGCUAUGUUUAAUGGUAAUUAUAUGGAAUCUAAUAGUUUUCUGGUUCCAGUAUAUGGGAUUUCGAAAGACACAUUCCUGUCCUUUCUAGAGUAUCUGUAUACUGACUCCUGUUGUCCAGCCAGUAUUCUGCAAGCCAUGUCACUCUUGAUUUGUGCUGAGAUGUACCAAGUGUCAAGGCUCCAGCACAUCUGUGAGCUUUAUAUCAUCACACAGCUCCAGAGCAUGCCUAGUAGGGAAUUGGCAUCAACAAGCCUGAGCGUUGUCAACUUGCUUCGAAAAGCAAAGUUUCAUAACUCUGAUUGCCUUUCAAAUUGGCUUCUUCAUUUUAUAGCUUCUAAUUACUUAAUCUUCAGUCAAAAACCUGAGUUUGAAGACCUUUCAGUGGAAGAACGCAAUUUUGUUGAGAUGCAUAGAUGGCCUUCUAGUGUGUACCUGAAACAGCUUGCAGAGUACAGGAACUACAUUCAUUCUCGGAAAUGCCAUUGUCUAGUAAUGUAAACUGAAAGCUGAUCUUUCUUCAUUUAUGAAGAGGAGAGUCACAGAAAGGCUUUUGCUUCAGGAAUCUUAAAUCUUCAAAGACUGAAAGGAAAUACUGAGCUUAAAUGAUGUGAAACAAUAUUGCACUUGCUAAUGAAUAACUACUGUAUUUUUUUUAAAAAAGCAUGUGAAACAAAUUGUAGGACAGCAUAAGCAUUUAACCAGGGUAUGUCUCAAUUGUGCUGCUGAGCCUGGGCUUUUUUUUAGAGGAGUAUGAAUUAUAUAGAAUUUAGACAACUUGUCAGCCUCUGCGAUGGGAAUUUUAAGAGUCCAGAGAGUCCAAAUUCAUUAACCCGCUUUUUUGUUUGCUAGUCCGUUCUGUUUUUGGUAAAAUUUCUGUAAUUUAUUUAUGGGCCUUUUAAGAAUUUUGUAAAAAAAACAAAAAAAAACCUGCAGGACUUGGUAUUAUAUUUCUAUACAAGGACUUAAAAAGUGUACCUCCUGUUAGCAGUGUAGCACUGUAAAAACACAUCAUUCUCUCUCUAGAAAGUUACUUAGGUUUUCUUCUCAUUGAGGUGUCUAAUAAAAGAAAAUAGUCCCAAUCAUGUAUUUUUUUUUCUGAUCCCUAUCCUGAAAGGCAAGAGAUGAUUGAGGAACAAGCCAUUCCAUAUAACAUUCCAAUAUAAUGUCUGCUACAAAGGUGUUUUCUAAAUGAAUUGAAACAUCAGAAUUCUCUAACAAUACUAAAUUCUCUUCCAGCUUUGUCCACCUGGGUUCUCUGUGUGGCCACAGGCAAGGCCCGGGGAGCUGAGAGGAGGAGUUGCAGUGGUCUGUUGUGAUUCUGGCCCCUUGUCCAGGUGCUCCAUCCCACAGUCUUCCAGUGUUGAGUGUGCAUAUCUGCAGGAGGGUGCUUUGGGGGCUGUCUAUA